AGAUACGGUACUUAUUUGGAUGGUGUCAAGAUGAUUGCCUUUAUCACCCUGGUCCUUGUAGUUUUUGCACCGACUUAUACCGAAGGAUGUGGAAUGCGUCCUCCCUUCGCCCGUGUGGUGAAUGGCCAAAAUGCCAGCCCCCACUCUUGGCCAUGGCAGAUUUCCCUUCGUGUGAGAGGUAGACAUAUCUGUGGUGGAUCUCUCAUCAGACCUGACUGGAUCGUCACUGCAGCACAUUGUGUGGACAGAAAUCCAUCACCAAGUUCAUACACAGUUGUAGUGGGUGGUCAUAGGCGAACCGGAAGUACAUCCGUUCAACAGACCUUUCGAGUGAUAACUCUCCACAAACAUAGUGGAUUUUCGAUGCAGAAUCUAAUGCACGACAUAGCAGUUCUUCAGCUGGCAGGAAGGGUACAGAUGAGUGAUAAAGUGACCACAGUUUGCCUUCCACAACAAGAUGCAAAUUUGAAUUCUGAGUGUUACAUAACAGGGUGGGGACGUACCUCUGGCGGAGGGGGAUUACCAGACAUACUCCAACAGGCUAAACUUCCGCUGGUGUCCCAUGAAAAUUGCAAGAGGAAGUACGGUGUGGUCGACAGGAGUGCUCACUUGUGUGCCGGUGCGGGACGCGCUGGUGCUUCAGGGGGUUGCAACGGGGACAGCGGUGGUCCACUUGUUUGCAAUGUAGGUGGCACGUGGUAUCUGCAUGGAGCUGUCAGCUUUGGAAAACAGAACUGCCCAACAACUCACUACACAGUGUUUACAAGGAUCACGAGCUACCAUUCGUGGAUACUGGGGAAAAUAGGGGAAGGAGGAGGUGGGCCGAAUCCCCCACCCCCACCCCCAGGAACAGCACCACCCCCACCACCACCACCACCACCGACGCAAGCACCACCACCACCACCCGGUUGUAAGGACAACUGGAAUGCGUGUGAAGCAAACAAACAUUACUGCGCAACGUGGCCACAAAUUAAAAGAUAUUGUCCAAAGACAUGCAAUGCAUGUUAG